AUGAAAACUAAAAAGGCAAUCGAUCGAGAUGAAACGAUUUUUUUACCGGAAGUAAAACCCCCGGCCGAUUUCAUAAUCGUGCAAAAGAAGAUAAUAUCGGAAGCUGCCGAGAUGCAAAACAAGAAGUUCAUAUCGAACUUAAAAAAAUCCGGAUUGACUGUUGAAUAUGUCGAUGGAGUGAGAUACACGGAUUUAGUUUUUAUUAAAAUUAAGGCGCCCGAUGAUGUCUUAAAACGUUUAUGUGGUAUUCACGGUUUAUUUCCAACGUAUCAACAUGAUAACACCAUGCCGGAGUAUACAAGGUGGCUCAAAUGCCUGAAAACAGUUAUUUCUUUAAAACCGAUUAUUCAAGAUCCAAUAUUUCAAAGAUGCAGUCGAUCUGUGAGGGGGGAAGAAAAUGUAACAUUUACGAGUUGCGAAAAAAUCACUUUGGUUGCGUGUGUUAUGGAAAGAACGUCGUAUGGAAGUUCAGAAUACGAAGAGGGAUUAGACAAUUUAUUAGAGAGUAAGAAUUUUGUGGAUGCUUAUCCUUUACAUGAUGGACCAGCUGAGUGGACUACUUCCGGUCCAUUAAAUGACAGACAAAUUUUGGCAAGAUACUGGGCUAGUUGGUGGAUGAUAUGUAAAUUCCAACCGCUUCAUAUCAUUUAUAAAUAUUACGGAUCUGAAGUUGCUUUUCAUUACGCUUGGUUAGAAUACUACACAAAGCUCUUGUUAAUCCCACUUCUUGGUGGAAUUAUUGUUAUUAUGAUUGGAUAUUAUUAUUUAUAUUUAUCUCCAGAAAUGAUUGAAAGAGUGAGAGAAAUUUGUUUCUCAAAAAUGAAAAUAUGUCCAGAAUGUACAUUUAAACAAUGUUUUUACAAAAANACAAAACUUACAUUUUCGAGAGAAAUUUGUUUCUCAAAAAUGAAAAUAUGUCCAGAAUGUACAUUUAAACAAUGUUUUUACAAAAAUCUUGAGGAAUAUUGUGAUGUGGCAAAAUGGUCGUUUAUAAUAGAUAAUAAUUUUACUAUAGGUCUCGCCGUUUUUCUAACAAUUUGGGGAACCGUUUUCGUCGAAUUAUGGAAUCGACACGAAAGCAUUUUAGCAUACAAAUGGAAUUUGCACAGAUCAGCGGACCAACUUGACGAAUUGCCUAGUUAUAAAAUUCGCGUUAAAAAUUACAAGAGGUAUAAUAAAUUUACUCAGACUGAAGAAUAUUAUACACCUAUUUUUAAACGAUUAGGAUGGUAUUUUAUUUCAACUAGUGUUUGUUUCUUGUUUUUCCUCACUGUAAUUAUUACGGAUGGGUUAAUUUGUAUCACGGAACAUUACGUGGAAUAUUCCAUUCACAAAUAUGAAAUAUCAUGGGCGUUGGAUUGGUCGGGCACGAUUGUCAAAUUUUACAGCGCAUUUACAACAAUCCUUUUUAUGCAGUUAUAUGCACCACAAUUAGAUAGAAUAUCAGAAAAACUCACCGAUAAAGAGUACCAUCGCACUAGGGAAAGAUAUCUUAAUUCGUACCUCUUUAAAAGUUACGUUAUGAAUUUUGCAAAUAGUUACUUAAUGUUGAUUUAUACAGCAUAUUUUAAAGAAAUUAAUUACACGAAUCCUUCAGAUUCGGAUGUUUAUGAUGACGUAUUUGGUAUAGCUGCUGAUGUUUGUCCUCCUGGAAUGGGUUGUGUUGCUAGUUUAUCAGCAAAUGUUACGUUUACUUUUUUGAGAGAUUAUAUCUUAGAACUUAUAGUUAAUAUUUAUCGCGUUUUGAACUUUGUUGGAGCGUAUAGAAGGAUUAAAAGUGCAAAGAAAGCGAAAGGAGAGUGGAGUAAUAUUCCCCAAUGGGAACAUGAAUAUUCUUUAAUUCCAGCAAAUACACUUUUCCUUGCAGAAAGUUAUAUGUCAAUCGUUUUAGAGUUUGGUUUAUUGACAUUUUUUAUUGCAUCGGUUCCACUUCUUCCGAUAUUAGCAGUAAUUAACAACCUGAUUGAAUGUAGACUGACAGCUUAUGCACUUGUUAGAAAAACGAGGAGAAAUGUUGCGAAGAAAGUUUAUGGGAUUGCUGGUUGGAGGAGGGUUAUGCUGAUAGUCCUAAGACUUUGCUUUUUUAUUGGUGGGAGUAUAAUUGCUUUUACAACUACAUUUGUCGACAGAAUGGUGUAUUAUUUUCAACAUGAUUAUUGUAUGAGCGGAUUUAUUAACCAGUCUAUUUCUAUAUUCUUAGUUGAUGAUUACAGCGAUAAGAUGAAAAACCGAUUAAGAGCUGAAUAUCCAAACGUUGAAACUUGUUUUUAUACUGGACAAAAAAACAGUUUUAAUCAUACACAGCCCUACGAAAAAUCACAUAAAUACUACGAACUCCUCGCACUUAGAUUAGUAGUUAUUGUUGUUUAUAUGCACGUUGUUUAUUUUGCCAAUAGUAUCAUUUCAUUUUUUAUCCCAAAAGUGCCUACAACAAUUAAGGAUGCUCUCGCAUACGACGAUUUUAUGAAGAGGACUGGGAAGGCAGCAUCAAAACAAGGAAAGGUUUAAUAUAAUUUAGAAAUA